AGGGCUGAGCUGGGCAGCGCCAGGUGGAUCCUUGUGGAUGCCCCGCACUGUUCGGACAGCCUGGGGACUCGCAAUCUGAGAUUGAGGUGCUGAGUGGGUUCCCAGGCGGAGCUUUGAGGAGGGGGCUCCCCCUGGCUCUGAACCCCCCGUGCUGCCCACACCGAGCUCCUGGCUGCUGCUGCCGAGGUGAGCACGGGCCCAGCAGUGAGGUGAAUUUGGGAAGCAGCUGCAUCACUCCGGAUGAGGAUUUCCGACAAGAACCCGCUGUGGUUUCAGUGAUUCACUGCCACCGGUUCGCACUUUAAUGUCAUGGGACACCCUCCCUGCUGCCCACCCAGAGAUGUCCCCGCACAUCCCGGUGUUGGUGACAGCGUCCCUGCUCCCAUAGUGGGCUGGAGUGGGGACACUGGUCCAACUGGGAGGUACCUUGGUGGGAAGCUGGGAAGAGGUGGGAGCACAGGUGGGGUUUGUGUUGGAUGUGAAGAGCUGUGCCUUGACUCAGUUAUUCCAUGAGGUGAGGAAGUCUGUAAAAUCCAAACCCAAAUAACUAAACGGGCCAAAUCAAAUCCCUGUGACAGCACCUUUCCUGGCAGUGCCCAGGCUGAUGGCACCAGCCCCAAGUCCCUCAUUUCCCACACAAACUUCAGUCCCAGCAAGUGUGUGACAGCCUGUGCCGUGUCCAGCUUUUCCCUAAAGCUGCACUUUUCCAGCUCCCAGCACAGUUUGGACAGCUCAGGUGCUCCAUCUCCAUUCCCAGCCCGCAGGUUCCGUGUGCUUGGCAAUUCCCUCUUCUCCAUUGUCCAAGAUCAAGCUGGCCAUGCGAGGGCCCCUGUUUGCAUGGGGUCGGGAUGUGGGACCUGCGGGCUUUGGCAGGUGCUUGUGGAAUUUCUUGAAGAGAUUGGAAUGGCAGGAAUGCCAGCAAAGAGGAAAAACUGUCAGCUGUGUGUCUCUCAGGGCUGCACUGUCCUUUCUGGGUGUCCCCCAGGGCUGUGCCAUCCCUGCUCUGUGUCCCUAAGGGCUUCAUCAGCCCCGUUGGGUGUUCCUCAGGGUGGCAGGGAGAAGGGUGCCACUGCCUGGACCCCCUCCCGGUCACUGCAGGGUCUGGGGCCGUUUGCCACCCUCAUCCCUCGUGCCCACGGGAGCACCGCGUGGCUGCCAGGACCUGCUGCCUCACUCAAGCCCUUUCUCCGGCUGGGCUGUCUUCCCGGCAGGGCGCAGCCUGCCACUGUGGCUUGUUGCACAGAGCUUCAGCCCAGCACAGAAUGACACGUUUUCCGCUGCUUUUUCUGUCCCGGCAGGCGGGAGCUGUGCUGAGCCCUGACGCUGCUGCGUUUCGCCGGAGGGUUUUUGUGGAAAGCGGGGCUGGGGAAGUGCCUGAGGACAGUCACCUGUCCGUGUCCUGGACGUGGUGACACGGUACAGUGCUCGGCUGGCCGCGCUCAUAGCACGACUCUCUUUCAUCUCCACGUCUCUCUGGCCAACCGAAACCCGUAAUUUGUUGUCCCAGCCGCUGCUCCCGCCCUCCCGCGGGCUGCAGCCCCCCCGUGCCGCGCCCGUCCCCUCCCGGUGCCCAGACCCGGGUCCCACUGAGCCCCCAGGGUUCUGGAGCAUCAGGAGCAGCCCUGGCCCCGCUCCCAGCCCUGCUGUGGUGGCAGCUCCUGUUCCCUCUGGGCGCUUCCCUGAACGCUUCCUCGGACGUGGGGAGUAUCCCAAGGAAUGUUUUCUUUCCUUGGGCGGCAGAUCGCAGCGCACAGGGUCUGCUCUGUGCCCUGUCCUGGGCUGCACCCCGGCUGACCGCAGCGGGGCCGGGCUCGCCCUCGCCCAGCACGGCAGCGCCGCAGCCGGAGGGGGCCCCGCAGACCUGAGGGGUCCCCGCAGCGUGCGGGUGGGUGCCGAGGAGAGCCGGGCCAAGACAGGACCGUCCGGGACACUCUGAGCUACAAGGGGUCCCGCCGACCCCAACCUCUGCCAGGGUCGCCUGCUCUCGUGGAAGGGGUCACAGCCAGCCGGGCAGGUCAGUCGUGCCCGUCCCUCCGGGCAGGGACCAUGGCAGACACCGAGGAUGCCCCGCGCGAUAGCGGGGAGGGCGCGGGGGAGGACGGCUCCCUCCAGAACGAAUCCUUCCCGCUCUCUUCUCUGGCCAACCUGUUCGAGAGCGAGGACACCCCGAACCCCGCCGAGGCAGCCCGGGGUCCCCCCGGCGCCGGGGAUGGAAAGCAAAACCUCCGCAUGAAAUUCCACGGGGCCUUUCGGAAAGGCGCCCCGAAGCCCAUGGAGCUGCUGGAAGCCACCAUCUACGAGUCCCCCGUGGUCCCCGCGCCCAAGAAAGCCCCCAUGGAUUCCCUCUUCGACUACGGCACCUACCGCCACCACCCCAGCGAGAACAAGCGCUGGCGCAGGAGGAUCGCGGAGAAGCAGCCGCCAGCCGCAAAGGGACCGGCUCCCGAGCCGCCCCCCGUCCUCAAGGUCUUCAACAGACCCAUCCUCUUCGACAUCGUCUCCCGGGGAUCCCCGGCCGGCCUGGAUGGGCUCCUCUCCUUCCUUCUCACCCACAAGAAGCGCCUCACAGACGAGGAAUUCCGAGAGCCCUCCACGGGAAAGACUUGCCUGCCCAAAGCCCUGCUCAACCUGAGCGGGGGCAAGAACGACACCAUCCCCGUCCUGCUGGACAUCGCCGAGAAGACGGGAAACAUGCGGGAGUUCAUCAACUCGCCCUUCAGGGACGUCUACUACCGAGGUCAGACAGCGCUGCACAUCGCCAUCGAGCGCCGCUGCAAGCACUACGUGGAGCUGCUGGUGGAGAAGGGGGCAGACGUCCAUGCCCAGGCCCGCGGCCGCUUCUUCCAGCCCAAGGGCGAGGGCGGCUACUUCUACUUCGGUGAGCUGCCCCUCUCGCUGGCCGCCUGCACCAACCAGCCGCACAUCGUGCACUACCUGACGGAGAACGGGCACAAGCAGGCGGACCUGCGGCGCCAGGACUCCCGCGGCAACACCGUGCUGCACGCCCUGGUGGCCAUCGCCGACAACACCCGCGAGAACACCAAGUUCGUCACCAAGAUGUACGACCUGCUCCUCGUCAAGUGCGCCAAGCUCUUCCCCGACACCAACCUGGAGACGCUGCUCAACAACGACGGCCUCUCCCCGCUGAUGAUGGCAGCCAAGACCGGCAAGAUCGGGAUCUUCCAGCACAUCAUCCGGCGGGAGAUCACGGACGAGGACGCCCGGCACCUCUCCCGAAAGUUCAAGGACUGGGCAUACGGCCCCGUCUACUCCUCCCUCUACGACCUCUCCUCGCUGGACACCUGCGGGGAGGAGGUGUCCGUGCUGGAGAUUCUCGUCUACAACAGCAAGAUCGAGAACCGCCAUGAGAUGCUGGCUGUGGAGCCCAUCAACGAGCUGCUGAGGGACAAGUGGCGCAAGUUUGGGGCCGUCUCCUUCUACAUCAGCGUGGUCUCCUACCUCAGCGCCAUGAUCAUCUUCACCCUCGUCGCCUACUACCGCCCCAUGGAAGGCCCUCCGCCCUACCCCUACACCAGCACCGCCGACUACCUGCGCCUGGCCGGGGAGAUCAUCACCCUCCUCACUGGAAUCCUCUUCUUCUGCACAAAUAUCAAAGACCUGUUCAUGAAGAAGUGCCCAGGUGUGAACUCCUUCUUCAUAGAUGGCUCCUUCCAGCUGCUCUACUUCAUCUACUCGGUGCUGGUGAUUGUCACGGCAGGGCUGUACCUGGGUGGCAUCGAGGCUUACCUGGCUGUCAUGGUCUUUGCACUGGUGCUGGGCUGGAUGAAUGCCCUGUACUUCACCCGUGGGCUCAAGCUGACAGGGACCUACAGCAUCAUGAUCCAGAAGAUCCUCUUCAAAGACUUGUUCCGUUUCCUCCUGGUCUACCUGCUCUUCAUGAUUGGCUAUGCCUCAGCCCUGGUGUCCCUCCUCAACCCAUGUCCCAGCAGUGAGUCCUGCAGUGAGAAGUCCAACUGCACAGUGCCCACCUACCCGUCGUGCCGGGACAGCCAGACCUUCAGCACCUUCCUGCUCGACCUCUUCAAGCUCACCAUCGGCAUGGGCGACCUGGAGAUGCUCGAGAGCGCCAAGUACCCGGGUGUCUUCAUCAUCCUCCUUGUCACCUACAUCAUCCUCACCUUUGUGCUCCUCCUCAACAUGCUCAUCGCCCUCAUGGGCGAGACCGUGGGCCAAGUCUCCAAGGAGAGCAAGCACAUCUGGAAACUGCAGUGGGCCACCACCAUCCUGGACAUUGAGCGCUCCUUCCCGGUGUUCCUGCGGAAAGCCUUCCGCUCAGGGGAGAUGGUCACUGUGGGCAAGGGCACGGACGGGACCCCUGACCGCCGCUGGUGCUUCAGGGUGGACGAGGUGAACUGGUCCCACUGGAACCAGAAUCUGGGCAUCAUCAGCGAGGACCCAGGCAAGAGCGACACGUACCAGUACUAUGGCUUCUCCCACACCAUGGGGCGGCUGCGGAGAGAUCGGUGGUCGACGGUGGUGCCACGCGUGGUGGAGCUGAACAAGAGCUGCCCAGUGCCGGAGGAGGUGGUGGUGCCCCUGGGGACCCUGGGCACGGCGGAGCCGCGGGAGCAGCGGCACGGCCAUGCCCCGAGCUCCCCGCUCUAGCGCGGCCGUGCCCCGAGCUCCCCUCUCUGGCGCGGCCGUGCCCCGAGCUCCCCGCUCUAGCCCGGCAGCACCGCCUGCCCACGGACUCCGCCCGGGCUCUGGAGUCGCGGCUGGGCUAGAUGGUGCUUGUCUGCUCCUCAGGGAUUCGCGCAGCCUCUCCCCUCCGGCCGCUGUCCCGGGGGGUGUCCAGCCCGGUUCGGGGUCCUGGCCCUGCCCCGGCGGUGCCGGCGGUCUCGGCUCUCACCGGCUCGGCUCUCACUCCGGUGCCGGGAGUGGGGAGCGCAGCCCCCG